AUGGCUAUGGUCUUCUCCGUGGGGUUGCCUCGAAGCAGCGGAGGUCGGUUCUUCCAACGUGACGGUUUUAACAUCUCAUUGCCAGACCGGGCAGGUCAGGCCAUGGAGGAGAUGCAAACAAAGAGGACAGAAAUUCUGCGAAAUCUGACAGAAGAAGACAAACUCAACGGUGACCUCGUUGUAGGUGACUACGAGGACACCUACUAUAACCUCAGCCUCAAAUUAUUUCACACCUUCCAAUGGGCCUCUACAUUCUGCCGCUCGCGUUUCACCUCUCAGAAAAGACCUCCUGUCUUCAUUCUCCUUGAUGAUGACUACGCCUUCAAUGCAAGCCGUAUGAAGGCCGAAUUGGGGACCCUCACUGACGCACAGAUUCGACGAGUGACUUGGGGCUUGCCAAUAACUCCUCCAAUUGUCAUCCGUCACUUGGCUAUAAAGGCUUGCGAAAAGUGGUCUGUCUCCAAGCACGAGGUGCCGUGGCCUUACUACGCACCUUAUGCCUUUGGCACUUUUUACGUCAUAGGUGUUGAUGUAUUCCAGGAAAUUGCGCUAGCCAUGUACUUCACUCAGCAGUUUCCAAUAGAUGAUGCCUGGUUGGGCUUGGUCAUGAUAAAGUUGGAUCUUUACUUUCAGUCGCGUCCUCACAUGUACAUUAAUGUGUCGAAGGCUGUUAAAAAGGAAUUGGUUCUGUUUGCUCCUGUCGACUAUUUCUUUCCACAAAAAAAACUGUAG